AUGGACGUCUUUUCUGAGGACGUACAAUUUGGUUCAGGUAUAGACUCUUUUUCGUCGCUCUUUGGCCUCAGUAAGUAUAUCUUUAAAACAGAAAAAUAUAUCAAAGGAAAUUUUCAGAGCUUCUUCCGAGGCUGGCUGUGCCGUCGGCGAUGGAAGCAGAUUGUCGACCAGUACAUCAAGAGCCCUCACGCUGAAAGCAUGCGGAAGAGAAACAGCUUGGUCUUCAAAAUGGUUGAAGCAGAGGAAGAAUAUCUGGAACAAAUGGAAAUAUUGGUAACCUGCUUCCUCCGUCCCUUCAAAAUGGCGGCCAGCUCCAAGAAGCCCCCCUGCACCCACGAGGACGUCAACUCCAUCUUCCUUAACAGCGAGACGGUGCUCUUCCUCCACCAGAUCUUCUUCAAGGGCCUCACGUCUCGCAUGGAGUCUUGGCCCACGCUCGUAUUAGGGGACCUGUUUGACAUGUUGCUGCCAAUGCUGACGAUCUACCAGGAGUAUGUGAGGAACCACCAUUACUCGCUGCAAGUGCUGACAGAGUGCAAGCAGAGCCAGCCGUUUGCCACGUUGCUGGCGAGGUUGGAAAGCAAGCCAGCGUGUCAGGGACGGUCGUUGGAGACUUUCUUGACGUAUCCUAUGCAUCAGAUUCCUCGGUACAUAAUAACCCUGCACGAGCUGCUGGCGCACACGCCGCACGACCACGUGGAGCGCCGCAGCCUGCAGCAUGCGCGUGCGCAACUAGAAGAACUUUCCAGGCAAAUGCACGACGAGGUAAGCGAGACAGAAAACCUGCGCAAGAACCUAGCCGUGGAGCGCAUGAUCAUCGAGGGCUGCGACAUUCUGCUCGACGUCAACCAAGUCUUCAUCAGACAAGGGACGAUUUCACAAGUGGUCGGCAAAGGCCGUCGAGCUUCACUCCAAGCCCGCCAAGCGUUCCUAUUCAGUAACCACCUACUCCUCAGCACCAGGGCUACUGGAGGAAGACUGCAUCUACCACCAACUGGAAGGCUGCCACUGCAUGACGCAUUACUGGUUGAAGAUCCUAGCAGUCAUGAUGAUGAUGAUUCUACAUCCGUCUGUUCAUCCCCAGGAGGCGACCUCUAUCAAGGGAAAGACUUCAAGAUUCUCGUUGAAGUCAAGGGAGAACAGAUCUGUGCACACUUAGUGGCAGCGACUCUCGAAGAGAAAGCAGCCUGGACCUCCGAACUAGCGCAGUGUAUGGAGAGCGCCGCGUUGACAGAGCUGCUUAGAGCUUGCGGUUCGUGUGGUGCCGCCUCCGCCAGUCUGCCUGCCUGCCGAUCCGACCGAGCUCUGUUCACUGAUGACGUCGACAUACGGUUCAGCAGGUAUCUAGUCUACCUAGUCCAGUCUGCUCGCCGCCGCUCCGACCGAGCCCUGUUCACUGAUGACGUCGACAUACGGUUCAGCAGGACACUGAAUUCAUGCAAGGUGCCACAGAUCAGAUCGGCCACCCCGCAACGACUUCUACAGCGGCUUACUGAUCUCCGCUUCCUCUCCGUGGACUUUCUAAACACGUUUCUACUGACAUACCGCGUGUUCACCGACGGCGUGACGGUCCUCGAGGCUCUGAAGCAGGUCUUCUACGAGCAGUCAGCCCAGGAGUUGGAGCUGGCUCCACCGCCUGAUGCCACGCGGAAGACCAGCGCGGCCAGCUCUGUAUCAGGUUAUGGAUCUGAAUUCAGUGAAAGAGAUUGGCAUUGGAAACCUUCGAGGUUAAAAAGCGAGGAAGACGAUAAGCUGUCACCAUAUUUAAUGGCGCCAUCACGACGGACUUCUUCAAUAAGCGUAUGCAAGGAGGAGGAAAAAGAAGAAAAAGACAACAGUCUUUUAACCAUCCCAAAGAUAAUGGCCACGUCUUCUAGCAAUGAGACUUUGAAAGGUACGACCCCCACAUCCCCUGGCGGCAUAAGCUCAGUGACCCUAGUGGGGACCCCAAAGAAGUCCAGCCCCGAACCCCCGGACCCCAAGGCCCGGAAGUCCCCGACCAAGGACAAUGACGCGGCCGCAGCCAUCAUGAAAGAUGAGAGUAUUGAGCUGGUGGAACAGAGCGAUGAAGAUAUCAAGUAUAAGGAGGAGGAACAGGAGAAGAAUAAGAAAGAGGAGAAGUUUAAAAUAUCGCAGAGGUUUUCAGAGCGGAUAGACUCCAAGGACAUUAAUACGGUAGCAGCCAUCAUGAAAGAUGAGAGCAUAGAGCUGGUGGAACAGAGCGAUGAGGAUAUUAAGAACAAGGAGGAGAAACAUGAGAAAAUAAGAAAGGGGAGAAGUUUAAGACAUGCCAGAGAUUUUCGGAGCGAGUCCGAACAAUGUCGCAAAGUCCACGGCGCCUGCUGCCAGCAACGACGUCGGCGUCAGAGGCGCGGCGCCGCUCCGAGGGUGCUCGGGAGGCUGCUGCUGCCGCCGCUGAAGAGAGCCGUCGGGCGUCGGAUACAGGACGCUACACACCAAGGCGCUCAGUCAGCGAACGUCGCUUCACCAAUUCGUCCAUCAACAGCGAGAGGCGGCGCUACUGGGGUGGCUCGGAGCCACGCUCCUCUGUCACUUCGCAGGUGUCCCAAGUACAGGAGCAGUACGUCAACGGCAGCGGUUGCGUUUGCCGUGGCCACGUCGGCUUCGUCGAACCCUCGGUCGCCGCCAACUACGUCGCCGCCGCAGACUAGACGGGACUCGGUUAUAUCUACCGCUGCUACUAUGCGAGUGUUGAAUGUGCUGAGGCACUGGAUCUCCAAGCACUCCUCCGACUUCUGGUCAGACGAGCGUCUUCGCGGCCUCACCAUGGACUUCCUGAAGGAGAUCGAGGCCAGUCCAGGACUGUUGCCAGCCGAACACAAGGCGGCUGCUCAGCUGCUGAGGCUGUUGGAACGGUCACCUGACAGGGCAGUGGAUUUGAAGGCUCUGUUUGCUCCGCCUCCAGUACCGACUAAAGAAAGCGUGGAGACUCUGUCAGCACUGGAGAUAGCUGAGCAAAUGACGUAUUUGGACUACCAAAUCUUUAGCUCCAUUCACAGCGAAGAAUUCCUGGGGCAAGCGUGGACGAAGGCCGACAAGGCCGAGCGAGCGCCACACAUCCUGCUGAUGACGUCACACUUCAAUCACAUCUCCAACCUCGUCAUCUCGGAAAUCCUCAAGAAAUAUACUUUAGCAGGACGCGUGGCCGCCAUUGAAAAGUGGGCAGCAGUAGCCGACAUCGCGCGUUGUCUCCAUAACUUCAACGGUGUGCUGCAAGUGUGCGCUGCACUCUCCAACACAUCCGUGUAUCGCCUUAAGAAGACUUGGGAGAAGGUUUCCAAAACUAGCAAACAUACGAUAGAAAAGAUGCAGACAAUCAUAUCGUCUGAAUGUCGGUUCAGAAUUUUACGAGACGCCCUUCACAGAUGCGAUCCGCCGUGCAUCCCGUACCUGGGAAUGUACCUCUCGGACCUCUCUUUCAUUGACGAGGGCACAACCAAUUACACCCCUGAUGGCCUGCUCAACUUUUCCAAGAUGCGCAUGAUUGCGCAUGUUAUUCGAGAAAUAAGAAACUUCCAGCAAACACCGUACAAGAUAGAUCAUAUCCCAAAAGUCUGCGACUUCCUCCUCGACCGCAACCUCGUGAUCCCCGAAGAGCGUCAAUACACGCUCUCGCUGGAGCUGGAGCCCCGCGUGGCGCGCGGCUCGGCGGCCGGGCUGCACUCGCACUCGGCGGCGCCCGCGUCGCCCGCCUCCUAG